UCUCUCUCUCGCUCGCCCAAAUCCACCGCUCCCACGUCUCUCGUGUCUCCCCCAUCCCAUCCCCACGCAGAUUUCAAACCCGCGUCCCGUCGGGCCGGGUCGCCUGCGCCGCCGCCGCCGCAGCAGCAGCAGCAGCGGAAGCGGAAGCUCCCGAUCCGUCGAGAUCCGCCGCGGGGGGGAGGGGUGGGACGCGACGACGAUGGAGGCUGUCGAGGAGCUGGCGCAGCUGUCCGAGUCCAUGCGCCAGGCGGCGUCGCUGCUGGCCGACGACGACCCCUCCGACGACUCCGCGCCCCGCCGCCCCUCCACCUUCCUCAACGCCGUCGCGCUGGGCAACGUCGGCGCCGGCAAGUCGGCCGUGCUGAACAGCCUCAUCGGGCACCCCGUGCUGCCAACGGGGGAGAACGGGGCGACGAGGGCGCCGAUUGUGGUCGACCUGCAGAGGGAGCCAGGGCUCAGCACCAAGUCUAUCGUGCUGCAGAUCGAUAGCAAGUCGCAGCAGGUGUCCGCAAGUUCAUUGCGGCACUCACUGCAGGACAGGCUCAGCAAGGGGGCGUCCAGUGGAUCCAGUAGGGGCCGUGUAGAGGGAAUCAAUCUCAAGCUGCGGACGAGUACAGCUCCCCCACUAAAGUUGAUUGAUUUACCUGGGAUAGAUCAGCGAGCUGUCGAUGAUUCAAUGAUCAAUGAAUAUGCUGGGCACAAUGAUGCAAUACUGCUAGUUGUGAUACCUGCAAUGCAAGCAGCUGAUGUCGCAUCAUCUCGAGCUCUUAGGCUGGCCAAGGAUAUUGAUGCAGAUGGCACCAGAACUGUUGGUGUGAUAAGCAAAGUUGAUCAAGCAGAAGGAGAUGCAAAAACUAUAGCUUGCGUUCAGGCCCUUCUGUCGAAUAAGGGCCCAAAAAACCUUCCAGACAUCGAGUGGGUUGCUCUAAUAGGACAAUCAGUUGCAAUUGCGUCAGCCCAAGCAGCGGGGUCUGAAAAUUCACUAGAAACAGCAUGGCAUGCUGAAGCUGAAACCCUAAAAUCCAUCUUAACUGGAGCUCCUAAAAGUAAGUUAGGUAGAAUUGCUCUGGUUGAUACCAUUGCUAAGCAGAUACGUAAACGGAUGAAAGUGCGUCUUCCUAACCUAUUAAGUGGUCUUCAGGGUAAAUCCCAGAUGGUGCAAGAUGAACUGGCAAGGCUGGGAGAAUCUAUGGUACAAAGCGCUGAAGGGACCCGUGCUGUUGCUUUGGAGCUCUGCCGUGAAUUUGAAGAUAAGUUUCUUGCUCAUAUUACAUCUGGUGAGGGUUCUGGUUAUAAAAUUGUUGCAAGCUUUGAAGGGAAAUUCCCAGAAAGAAUUAAACAGCUGCCACUGGACAGGCACUUUGACCUCAGCAAUGUCAAAAGGAUUGUCUUGGAAGCCGAUGGUUAUCAACCGUACCUGAUAUCUCCAGAAAAAGGGUUGAGGUCCUUGAUAAAAAUAGUAUUGGAUAUGGCAAAGGAACCAUCACGACUUUGUGUCGAAGAGGUACAUCGUGUAUUGUUAGACAUUGUCAAUGCUUCUGCAAAUGCCACACCAGGACUUGGAAGAUAUCCUCCAUUCAAGCGUGAGGUCAUUGCAAUAGCAUCAAAUGCAUUGGAUAUCUUCAAAAAUGAUGCAAAAAAGAUGGUUGUUGCACUUGUUGAUAUGGAGCGUGCCUUUGUUCCUCCACAGCAUUUCAUCCGUCUAGUGCAAAGAAGAAUGGAAAGGCAGCGCCGUGAGGAUGAGUUAAAAAAUCGAUCCUCCAAGAAACCACAGGAAGCUGAUCAACCCAUGGGAAAAAGAGCCUCCAGUCCCCAAACAGGAUCUGAUAAAGACACAAAAGACAAAGCAGCGAAAGACAAAUCAGGCCAGCAAGACAAAGAUACAAAAGAGGGGGCGACUGUGCAGGUUGCUGGUUCUUCUGGUGAAAUUACUGCAGGCUAUCUUUUGAAGAAAAGUGCAAAAACAAAUGGUUGGAGUAGGAGGUGGUUUGUCCUCAAUGAGAAGAGCGGAAAGCUUGGGUACACGAAGAAACAGGAGGAGAGACAUUUUCGUGGUGUCAUCACUCUUGAGGAGUGUAACCUUGAAGAAGUAGAGGAGGAAGAACCUCCUAAAAGUUUGAAGGAUUCGAAAAAGGCAAAUGGUCCAGAGAAAGGCCCAAGUCUUGUGUUUAAGAUAACUAACAGGGUCGCCUACAAAACAGUCCUAAAAGCUCAUAGUGCUGUUGUAUUGAAAGCUGAGAGCAUGGCUGACAAGGUUGAGUGGGUAAAUAAGAUACGAGGUGUAAUUCAAAGUAAAGGGGGAUCAUUCAAGGGUCCAAAUAAUGAGGGUGGUACCAUGAGGCAAAGCAAUUCAGAUGGCGCUCUGGAUACUAUGGCACGGAGACCUGCUGAUCCUGAAGAAGAACUUAGAUGGAUGUCCCAUGAAGUUCGUGGUUAUGUUGAGGCUGUUUUGAAUAGUUUGGCAGCAAAUGUCCCGAAGGCUAUUGUAUUGUGCCAAGUGGAGAAAGCAAAGGAAGAUAUGCUAAACCAACUAUACAGUUCAAUAAGUGGGCAAAGCAAUGCAAAAAUUGAAGAGCUUCUCCAAGAGGAUCAUAAUGCUAAACGUAGGAGGGAAAAAUACCAAAAACAAUCAUCUCUCUUGUCUAAGCUUACCCGUCAGCUUAGUGUCCAUGACAAUAGGGCCGCAUCUUAUGCCAAUGAUAUCUCUGAAGCUGAGAGCCCUCGGACACCCAACCGCCCAGGCGAGGAUUGGAGGUCUGCUUUUGAUUCUGCAGCGAACGGACCCAGCUCAAGCAGCGAACCAAGGUCAAGAAGCGCCGAUGGACGCAGCCGGCGCUACGAAAACGGCGACGUGAACGCCGGUGCCAACUCCGGCAGCCGACGCACUCCAAACCGGUUGCCUCCAGCGCCACCGAAAUACUAAUCGCGCUGAUUAGUAUCUACCCCUGAACGCCGUCGUGUAUUCUUGCUAGGGACCACGCCCCUGUUUCCUGAUUGCUAUUGGUGGCUGGGUUGAAGCAGAUUUGGGGGGUUUGGACUACAUAGAGAAAAUAGUGUCUUGUUAGUGGAGACUGGAGAGAUUGUGAACAGUUUGUAAGCGGGGGACCCUGAGUUGUUUAUAGCAAAAUAUAUAGGUAAUCCGUCCAUUAUCUCUAUUGUUUCAUCAUCUUUUUGACUCAUUCAUGUCUGAUUAAUCCCCCUGCUUAUAGGAUUUUGUGGGACGAUCA